AUGGGGUAUGACACGACUUCUACUUCUUUAAGCUACUUAACGUACCUCUUGGCAAAGCAUCAGGACGUUCAAGACAGAGUCCGGAAAGAAAUCAACGAUGCCGUUUCUAGCACGGAAGAGUUGGACUAUGAAACUGUGACAAGGAAGCUGCCGUACCUGAGUCAAGUCGUCAACGAGGCUCUACGGUUGUACCCACCAGUACUCACGUUCACUUCGCGGAAGGCUGUCAAUGACUUUGAGUACAAUGGCGUUCAUUACAAGGCGGGUACGUGUUUCCUGUCUCCGACGCUACACAUCCAUAGGGACGAACGUUACUGGCCUGACCCACUAAACUUCAAUCCGGAAAGAUUUGCUCCAGAAAAUGAAGGCAACUUCCGCAAGGUGGCAUACCAGGCAUUCGGCAUUGGUCCACGCUAUUGCGUAGGGAUGCGCAUGGCUCUCAUGGCACUCAAUUUAACAAUAGCGCGGUUGGUUCAGCGAUUUCACUUACAUUUGGGACCUUCGCAGGGAGAGGUAGGUGUGCCAUGCAUUACGACAAUGAAGCAGAUAUCGCGGGAACUGCAGUCCCUGGAUAUGCUCGUUAUACAACGACUUCUUCCUCCUUCCCUGCGCCUCCUUUCUCUCACAGCAACUGUCAUUCCCAAAUAAGCCUCGUUUCCCUGUGUGUGUUUCGGGUUGAGGUAUGCUCACUCGAGGACAGUUUCUGUGCACCCCGUUCUCCCAUUCCUAUUACAGCAUAAGCCAUUAAGAGCUCACAACGAUCGCCGAUCUUGGUGGCGCUGUUGUCCGCCACCGCCGGUGUCCGUAACAGCUCUCACGCGGAACGUGAAUA